CCAGACCCUAACCUUUUAUAUUCUCUGUUCACUUCCUGGCGCCAAAAGUUCUAGGGUUUACAAAUUUACUUUACCCCUCCCUCAUUCUCCACCUUCUCCUGGUAAUUAUUUGUAUUUUUUAAAGAUCUCCUUAAAAAAACGAAACCCGGUUUCUGAAUCGUCUUCAACAUCAAUUCAAUCAUGAAAUUUUAUCCAAUUUCAGAUUUUUAGACCCUAAAAAAUUGCAGAAAUUGAAGAAGAGACGGCCAACAGAAGUCUGCAAAUUUUUGGGGAGUUUUUCAUUUUUUUCACAAGAUGUCAAUGUCUACUUUGAAGGCUUGGAGGGAAGUGUUGGACAUUAAUACUCAAGAUCCUGAGGUUUUAAAACCACAAUUUCUGCUGAAAUUGUAUGACUUGCUCAUCAGUUUGUCUUUGGACUCCGUAUCUCAGUUUCCUGGUGAAAAGCUUACCGAUAUACGUAAAAUCUCCAAUUUUCUUUUUGAAGAACUUUCAAGGAGGUUCGAGCAUUUUUUUUCUAAUGUAGGGCAAGGUGUACUAUGUUCAGAUUCGUGGGGUCUAUUACAGGACUUAACUCUUUUGUUAAGAUGCUGUAUUUCUAUGCUACACUUGUUAGAGUUUGAUUUAAGUCUCCUCAUUGAAAAAUGCAAAAUUCUCCUUAGUAUACUCGGCAAACUAUGUUCUCCGGAGUUAGCUUCUUAUGUUGGAAGAAAGGGGACAAAUGUAAUUAGCGUUAAGGAAUCCACUUCACGUGAAUGCACUAUUGCUGGCGAAGAUUGUAUUACCUCUGUAGUCGAGGAAUAUGAAACUUUUAUGUGCUUUGUUCAAAAAUCCCGUGCAUCGAUUCCUGUCCUGCGCUCAAUCGUCGAGGUGUUCAUCAAUGAAUUUCUAGUGCACAAGAAACUGAGAGAUUAUUUUAUAAUGGUUGACAGUAUAUCUUCUACGAGUGAUAAACUAUUUAUGUCCCCACUGAAUCUUGGUUCAAGCAAUGUUCUUUUGGAGUUGUUAUCUUCUCAUUUUCUUUUAUCGGUUUCUGACCAGCCAACCUUCCAGAACUCCUUUGAAAAUUUCCUUCUGCUGUCUGAUGAAAAGCCCCACUUUCUAGACCUAAUAAGCCUAAAUGCAGCUAUGCAAUUACUUUCAACAGUCCUCAUAUAUUCUCCACCACAAAUUUUACAAGCGUAUAUAAUUUUCUUAGUAUGUGGACGCAGUAGCAUUAACAUGGCUUCAGAGGAUCAAGCAUCAGAGCCAAGACUCGUGAACUGGUGCUUUUCAGCAUUUGAAAUAUCAAUGGAAUUGUAUUCCCGAAACAUGUCAAGUUUACAAUUGGGGGAUGAUCAUGAAGAACCUGGAAGUGGGUCUAAUUUUAUUAAGAAACAGUGUACAGCAGGAGGAUUAUCACAUCUAUCUUUUGAAUCUCAUAUUCGGCCGGUCAUGUAUAGUCAACUUAAAGCUCAGACAGCUAACUUUGCCAAAUCCAGUCAUGAUUUGGCAUCGAAAACGAAGUCUGAUCUUAUGGAUACUUGUACUGCAUACAUAAAGGAGAAUCAAAAUAUCCUUAAUGAGUCAUACAGAGAUGAAAGUUUCGUUGUUUUGUGUUACAUUAUAUCAAUGAUCCUUUCGGGAGAUAUCAGGGCAAAUAGAUUGUGGAAGAAAGGAAUCAUAAGUCAGCAGGAAAUGUAUUUGUUGGCUUCCACAGUAAAUUUGAUGAGCAGUUCACUGUUGCAAAUAAUCUGGUGCAUGCAAAAACGAAGUCUGGGUAAUCCUAAAAUUCUAAAAGAUUAUUCUCAGUGUAAGGAGUACGAUAUGAUAAUUAGCAUCAUCAGUUGUUUCCAGCAGUGCAGCAUUAGUCAACCAAUGACGACCCUAGUAAUGGAUAUGAUGGCACAGUUCCCUGCAAGGCACAAGUUCUCGAAAAUGAUGUUUAUGCACUUUGCAGGCUUGCUGUUGUUUAGUUUUGAAGCUGGAUAUGCCUUCUUAAGCAAAGGUUGUAUACUCAUGUUGAUGACGUUGACAAAUCUAUUUAUUUUCGAAGAGGGUAAUCUGGAUGCGCUGAAACAAGCCCCUCAACCUUCAAAUAAAUCGUUGGUGGUUUUUUCUCCACGAAUUUCUUCCCGUCAAGUCGCGUCGAAUUUUAAAAAGUUUCAAAGGUGCAUCAUAAGAAUCAAUGAACCAAUUCAAUCUGAAGCUUCAAAAAGUAGCCUGAUCAACGAUGGGGUAGAACAGUUUGGGCCCAGCACAAUGGAGGAGAAUAAUUGUAACAGCCAGAAGCAAUUGAAUUUGAAACGCAUGCUAGGUAACACCAGACAUCAAGAUUAUGAUGAGUUGGCUGAUUUUGUUGAGUUCAAGGAAGGAAAAGAUUAUUCGAAAUAUGAGAAAAAUCGAAAGAAAUACCGUAAGUAUGUGUGCGGAAAAAAGGUAGGCUACAGGAAAGAAAGGAGAAGAAGAUUGAGAGCUAUCCUGACUUAGAAAGCUUGUCAUGAAUCUUAAGUAAGUUCUUUACUAGAGCUUUAAUGUGUGCAAAUUGCAAAUGUUGUUAGGGUUUAACAUUUUGAAAUCCUGUUUCUUUAGAAGUAAAAAUUCCGGAAAAAGGACAUAAAAAUUAGUGAAUUUUGUAUAGGUAUCCAGUAAUAUAGCAUGUACGUAUAUUUAUAAAAAACUUUUAUAGUGAAACUGUUAUUUCGAUUAUAUUUGAAAACAA